AGUGUGGGCGGGGCCAUGUGACGACAUCCCGCUUCCGCCGUCGCAGCCGCGGCGGAGUGUUACUGCGCAGGCGCAGCCGAGGAAGAAAGGUACCCGGCUGGACGGACACCUUUCGUAUCCGCCCGUGACCGGGCAAGUGAUCGCGGGGCGCUGUUUAAAAAGGAGGCCUACACCGGGAAACCUCUCCCCGCCGUGCGGGACUUAUGGGGAGAUUGCGGGGCUGUCCCGCUCAGGGCGGGAAGUCUGGGAAGCCAAGCCAAGACCUUCCAAUUUCACUUCCUCUGACUUGUUUCCACCUACAGAGUGUCGGUGUAUGAGCACAAGGCUCCUGGGCCCAAGCAAGACCUAUGGAUCAGUUCAAUGGAGCCCCUCAGAUCUCUGCUCUCCCUGCCUGGCAGCAGCAAAGCUUCAUUUGGCUUAACUAGAGGAGCAAAUGCCUCCAUAUUGCCGGUGCCCCUGGUCACGGAGGAGGAUGAAGAGCAGGAGGACAGAGACAGGAGCCUCAUCAGACGGGGCUACAUGGAUGGAGAGGAUGAUGCUGGAGGGGGAGGAGUGCCUGGGGUCACUGGGGGGCAGCCCUCCACCUCCCCACUUAACCCCUUCUAUUGGACUGCUGUGUUUGACUACGAAGCCACUGCGGAGGACGAGCUGACCCUGAGGCUGGGUGACCUGGUCCAGGUGCUGUCUAAGGACUCGCGGGUGUCCGGGGACGAAGGCUGGUGGACGGGGAAGAUCCAGGACCGAGUGGGCAUCUUCCCCAGCAAUUAUGUGACCACCACUCAGAGCUUCUCCAGCAAGCUGCAGUGCAAGAGGGAAGAGCUGCCCUGCUACCCAGCCUCCGCGCUGCACUUACUAGAGAUAGACUUCUCCGAGCUGCUUUUGGAAGAAAUCAUCGGGAUCGGAGGCUUCGGGAAGGUAUACCGCGCCGUCUGGGGAGAAGAGGAGGUGGCCGUUAAAGCCGCGCGGCACGAUCCCGACGAGGACAUCAGCCAGACGAUCGAGAACGUCCGUCAGGAGGCCAAACUGUUCGCCAUGCUGAAUCACCCCAACAUCAUCGCGCUGCGCGGCGUCUGCUUAAAGGAGCCCAAUCUGUGCUUGAUAAUGGAGUUCGCUCGAGGCGGAUCCUUGAAUCGCGUGCUCUCCGGAAAGAAGAUCCCGCCGGACAUCCUCGUGAACUGGGCCGUGCAGAUCGCCAGGGGAAUGGACUACUUGCACAACGAAGCCAUCGUACCCGUCAUACAUCGCGACCUGAAAUCCAGCAACAUUUUAAUUCUAGAAACGGUCGAGAACGGAGAUCUCGGCAACAAGAUCCUAAAGAUCACGGACUUUGGCUUGGCGAGGGAAUGGCACAGGACUACUAAAAUGAGUGCCGCGGGGACCUACGCGUGGAUGGCACCCGAGGUUAUCCGUUCUUCGAUGUUCUCCAAGGGCAGCGAUGUCUGGAGCUAUGGAGUGCUGCUGUGGGAGCUUCUGACCGGGGAAGUACCGUUCCGUGGAAUUGACGGGCUGGCUGUCGCCUACGGGGUCGCUAUGAACAAGUUAUCCCUUCCCAUUCCUUCCACUUGCCCGGAGCCCUUUGUCCGACUCAUGGAAGAUUGCUGGAACCCUGACCCUCAUUGUCGUCCUGCCUUCACCAACAUAUUGUUUCAGCUCACCACCAUACAGGAGUCCGGCUUCUUCGAGAUGCCCAAAGAUUCCUUCCAUUCACUGCAGGAAGACUGGAAGCAGGAGAUACAAGAGAUGUUCGACCAACUCAGGGCCAAGGAAAAGGAAUUGAGGAGCUGGGAGGAGGAACUGUCCCGCGCGGCCCUAGAGCAGAAGAAUCACGAAGAACUGCUACGGAGGCGAGAGCAGGAGCUGGCGGAGCGGGAGAUCGAUAUACUGGAACGGGAAUUGAACAUCAUCAUUCAUCAGCUGUGUCAAGAGAAGCCCAAGGUAAAGAAGCGCAAGGGGAAAUUUAAGAAGAGCAGGCUCAAGAUGAAGGAUGGCAACAUCAUCAGCCUGCCCUCGGAUUUCCAACACAAGUUCACGGUGCAAGCUUCGCCUACCAUGGACAAAAGGAAGAGCUUGAUUAGCACAAAGUUUAGCCCCCCUGCGAGUCCCACCAUUAUCCCUCGGCUUAGAGCCAUUCAACUGACCCCAGGGGACUCUAACAAAUCAAGAAAUCGGAGCACCGGUGGCUCAAAAGAUGAAAGUGAAGAUGACGAGAAGAAAGACCAGAAGAAAAAAGUCCGACCGUGGGUGCCAGGGGCUCUGGGCAGCAAAGACACAGGGGUGGCAGAGGACUGCCUUAGGGUGUCCACUGAGGGUUCAAAGCAGUGUUCCUCUAAUACUUCAAAUAACGGGAAGUCCUCAAGAAUGACCAACACUCCUGGCUUCAGCACGGUGACGGAAACGGACACAGAGAAUGCCAGUGACACAGGCGUGAACCAUGUGGAUAUCAAAGAGUCCCAAACACCUACACCCAACAAGUCCUACCUCUGCAUACCAUUCCACAAAGGAGGAGAUGACGUGGAGGGCCCGUUCAGCGAUACUAGUGACAACCCCACACCGGUAAACUCUGCUACAAGCACCCCACAGCUCACCCCCACUAAUAGCCUCAAGCGUGGAUCUCAGCACAAGCGGUGCUCGAUGGUUCUUCUAGGAUGCGGUGCUCUUCUUGCCACUGUGGGCUUAGGCUUUGACCUACUAGAAGCAGGCAAGUGCAAUAUAAGUCAGGAGGAACCUGAGCCAAAAGAAGAGAAGAAAAAGAAAGAGAGCCUCUUCCAACGAGCCGCCCGUCCACGGAGAAGCACCAGUCCACCCUCCAAAAAGCUUUUUAGAAAAGAGGAGUCGCCAUCCCAUCCUGCAGAGCCUACAACAUCAAUUACUCUGCAGUCCUUGUCUUCCAUUUCCGAAUGUAACUCCACUCGCUCGCUGCUGCAUUCUGACAGCGAUGAGUUGGUGGUGUACGAGAUGCCUACCACUCCUGUAGAGGAACAGCCGCCUGCUGUCAGCAAUCCGCUGGUGAACGUGCACAUCGAGACGUUCAAACGUGAUCCCAACCAGUCGCUGACCCCAACCCAUGUGACUUUAAACUCCAGGGCCCAUCAGGGACACAGGAGAACCCCUUCUGAUGGUGCAAUCAAAGUUCCCGUGAUUGCCAAUGGGACACAGAUAUCGGAAAGUGUGAUGUCUUGCUCUUGUUUUCUUUACCCAGAUACCACAUCCCCUAGCAGAGACCCACAAGAGUUCCCACGUCUUCCCGACCCAAAUCUGGUUUUCCCUCCCACCCCACGGCGCUGGAACGUGCAGCUGGACUCGACACUGGAAAGGCCCAAAACACUGGAGAUUGUCCCUAGGCCUCGACCAUCAACCAACAGACAAAGGCUGGACUCCUGGUGGUUUGUGUCGCCCAGCAGAACCCGCAGCGACUCCCCUGCAAAUAGCUCAUGCACUGAAACCCCUAGCAACUUGGACUCCUUCUUCGCCAGCAGCAGCGGAAGCACCGUGGAGGAACGGCCCGCGUUCUCUGGCUUUACCCCGUUGCAGGUGCCACGGCCUGUGGGCGAGCGGACACUUCUGGAUGUGGAUGUAGAAGGCCAGAGCCAAGAUAGCACUGUCCCCCUAUGCAGAACAAAGCUCAAAGUCUACACCACUGCAGCCUGUGAACAAAAACAUGAAUUCUGGUCUUAAAAGGCACGCUGAACGUGAUCGGCAGACGCAGCCGCAGAUCUUGCACUGAAUGCACUUUGAGGAUCAAUGAAAUCACUGGAAGGCAAUAUAAAAUGUAGUCCUUAUGCUGCUCACCCUAAUUCUUAAGUACACCCUUUCAUUCCUAGGAGACAGACUUGUAUAAUUUUUAUUUUUUUUGGUCUUGUACACUGGAUCCUGAUAAUUCAUUUUUAAAUGACUCUGUUCAUUCCAG